AUGUCCAACGGAACCAACGGAGGUGUGAAGCGAAAACUGGAAAUCUUGGAUCGCGAUGCCUUCUUGGAAAGGUCCAAGGCAGCCCGCUUGAGACGAAAUCCCAAAGGUCACUUCAUCAAGGCGAUGUACAACAGUUUGGUGGAUGCCAUCAUCACGGAUCCGGAGUUGAUGGUGCUGCCACUGGACGACCAUGCCAUUGUCAGGGGCCAUGCUGUGUUCGAUACCUGCACCCUUGCGAGUGGCUGUGUCUAUAGGCUGGGCAUCCAUUUGGAUCGACUCUUCAAGUCAGCCAGCCUGGCUCGGCUCAAGUUGCCCUUCGGGGACAGCGAGGAGGAGAACCGACGAAGAAUUACCGAAAUUGUUUGUGAGACGUGCGUCGCUAGUGGCUUGCGAAAUGGAGGCGUCCGCUACUUUCUCACUGCCGGGCCGGGCAACUUCGGAUACACUUCGGCAGGAUGCGAACCAGCCUUCUACGUGACAGUGCUGUCAGGCGAGAAAAGCGCUGAAGUAAAAGCCACUUCGGAAUCAUUGGUGCCAGCCACAGAGGUGCCCAUGAAGCCCACCCUAUUGGCUACUUUGAAGAGCAACAACUACCUGCUGAACUGCAUGUUAGCCAUGGCUGCACAGGACCGAGGGGGUAACUUUGGCAUCAACUACCGUGAUGACGGAUCGAUAUCGGAAGGCUGUGUGGCAAAUUGCUGUAUUGUCACCAAAGAGAAGGUCUUCAUUACCCCUCCGUUCGAUGGCAUCCUGGCCGGAACCACCGUGCGGAAGGCGAUGCAGCUCAUCAAAGAACAUAUGCAGGGAGAGGACAAGGAGAUUAAGGAAGUGCGACAGGAGAAAAUGAAGAAGGACCAGCUCUUCGAGGCCUUGGAGGUGAUCAUGACCAGCGGUGACUUGGGAGUGGCUCCAGUGACCAGCAUCGACGGCACAAGCAUUGGUGAUGGACAGGUGGGACCUGUCGCAAAGAAGUUGAAAGAGCUCAUUUGGAAGGCUCUUUUAGCCGGCAACGACUAA